GCACUCAUUGAAAGGCCAAAUUUCCAGUAUAUGUCAGAAAUACCUGAAUUCCUUUAUCGCGAUGGCCAGACAGAUCAAGUUCGUGACUAUCAAUUAGAAGGCAUAAAUUUUAUGGUGCAAGCUUGGACUAUUUUUUUCACCAAUUGUUGCAGACGAAAUGGUUGUAUCUUGGCUGAUGAAAUGGGACUAGGCAAAACUAUUCAAAGUAUUGGUUUCCUCUCCACACUUUAUCAUAAAUAUCGAGUUUAUGGUCCGUUCCUUGUCGUGGUACAGUUAAGUACAAUGGCUGCUUGGUUACAAGAGUUUGAAACUUGGGCUAGUGUACUCAAUGUAGUUUCAUAUAUUGGUGAUGCCAAUAGUCGAGACGUGAUUCGUCAAUACGAAAUAUUUGUGCAGGGCACAAAGCGUCUUAAAAUUCAUGUCUUGAUAACGACUUAUGAAAUCUUAAUUCGAGACAAAGCUUUCCUCGGCAGUUUCGAUUGGGCAGUAUUAAUAGCCGAUGAAGCUCAUCGUUUAAAAAAUAAUGAUUCGAUAAUGUAUUCAUGUCUUCAUAGAUUUUCAACGAAUCAUCGCCUUCUUAUCACUGGCACACCCCUUCAAAACUCCUUGAAAGAAUUAUGGGCUCUGCUCCAUUUUAUUAUGCCUCAGAAGUUUCAUUCAUGGGAAGAUUUCGAAAAGGAUUAUCCUGUGACUGAAAGAGAUAUCUGUGAGAAGCUUCGUUCUCAUAUUAAGCAAUUUGUUUUUCGAAGAACGAAAAAAGAAGUCGAGAAGUCAUUGCCAGCCAAGGUAGAACAGAUUUUGCGUGUCGAUAUGACCUCACAACAAAAAGAGUAUUAUAAAUAUAUAUUGACCAGAAAUUAUGAAGAAUUGACGAAAGGAGUUAAAGGCUCGAGAAUUGGUUUUUCAAAUAUUAUGAUGGAGCUGAAAAAGUGCUGCAAUCAUGCUUCACUUGUUAGACCUUAUGUUCAAUGUGAAAUUACGCCCGAAGCUCGUCUCAAGCAAAUAUUAAAAUCAUCCGGAAAAUUAAUUUUGUUGGACAAAUUAUUAUGCCGACUUAAAGAAAAGAGGCAUCGCGUUCUUAUUUUUUCGCAGAUGGUUAUGAUGUUGGAUAUAUUGCAAGAAUACUUACAACUUAGGCGUUUCCCUUCUCAGCGGUUGGACGGAUCAAUGCGUUCAGAAUUGAGGAAGGCAGCAUUAGAUCAUUUCAAUGCUGAAGGCUCUAUGGAUUUUUGCUUUUUAUUAUCUACUCGUGCAGGUGGGCUUGGUAUUAAUUUGGCUACUGCUGAUACUGUGAUUAUCUUUGAUUCUGAUUGGAACCCCCAGAAUGAUCUUCAAGCAAUGAGUCGUGCCCAUCGAAUCGGACAAACUAAGCAGGUGAAUAUUUAUCGUCUUAUCACUAAAGCUUCGAUAGAAGAACGAAUCGUUGAAAGAGCAAAGGCGAAACUUGUAUUGGAUCAUUUAGUUAUACAAUUAAUGGAUAAAUCGGGUCGAACUGUAGUUUCAAAAAAUAAGCCUAGUGCUGGAGCAUUACCAUUUGACAAGCAUGAAGCGAAUGAAAUUUUGAAAUUCAGUGCUCAGAAGAUAUUCAGCUGUAAAGAUGAUGAAGAACAAGAUCUCGAAGUUGAUAUUGAUGAUAUACUCGAACGAGCGGAAACUAACGAAUGUGAAAAUCAUAGCGCCCUUAGUGAUUUGUUGAAUUCUUUCAAAUUUUCGAAUUUCACAUUCAAUGAAGAAACGGACGUUCAAAUAUCUAGGGCCAACAAUGUUUCAAAAAAUUGGGACGAAAUUAUACCGUUAGAAGCACGAGAAAAGCUUGCUGAAGAAGAACGUCUGCAAGCUGAAUUUCAACUUGCUGAACGGCGAAAUCGAGCCAAAGUUAAUAUUGGUCUUGACAAUAGUGGUGAUGAAACUUUGAAAAAAGGGAAAAAGGACGAAUUUCGUGACAGUGAAAAUGAAGAUUCAGAUGAAGAUAGGCCGAGGAGAAGCAAACAAAAAUUAUUUUAUGGUUUUAAUGAGACUGAAAUCCGAAAAUUUGCGAAAAGUUUUCGAAAAUUUGCCAAUCCUUUGUCAAGGCUGGAAGCAAUUGCUCAAGAUGCGGAAUUGGAAGAGCAUGGUAAUGAUGAUUUAAUCCAAUUGGGUAAGGAGCUUUUAGAAGGAUGUAUUAAUGCUCAACAACAAUAUGAAAAACAGAGCAAAACUAUUGAGAAAAAGCAGGCCGAAGAAGGAAAGCGAAAACAGGAUCGUGGGGCAGUGUUUAAAUUGGGAACAACCGAUAUAUAUGUCAGGCCAAUACUUAAAAUGCACGCAGAUUUGAAGCCACUAAGUGAUUUGGUCGUGUCGACGAAUGAUUUGAAUUCCUUGGAAUUGCCGUUUAAUAUGAAACCACCAAAGGGAUGGAGCGUUGAAUGGGGAAUGGAUGAUGACGUCGCAUUACUGCGUGGUAUUUAUCGGUACGGUAUGGGUAGUUGGGAGGCAAUAAAGUUGGAUCCAGAGUAUAGCUUUGCUGAGAAGGUAUUGCUUAAAGACAAAAGCAAAAAGCCUCAAGCAAAACAUUUGCAAGCUCGAGCAGAAUAUCUGCUUAAGCAUUUAGCUGGUCUUGCAAAAUUGCAAUUAAAGAAAAAUAAGCUACAUAAUAAAUUACGAUCUAAAAAGUUACAUUUUAUGUUUGCAUCAAAUUUUUUUGGUCAUUUAAGGAAAAAUUGGGAAGAAAAGUUCACAGUCAAAAAUUGA